AUGAAAGUACUUUUCCUACCAGGAUUUCUUCAAAAUGGCCACAGGUUGAGACAACGGUCGAAAGCACUUGAGUCAAUGUUAAAUACCCAUGGACUUUCUGUGGAGUAUGUGGAUCCACCGAUGAAGUUAUUAAAGAAAGAGCAAGCUGGCUACAAGCUAGGUUCUACCGAGGAAGAAGCUGAGGCCAAGUGGCAACUGGUUAUAAAGCGUGACUUUAAUCGCUGUUGGUGGGAUUACCAGGGUAAGGGGGAUUAUAAGGGUUUCGAUGAAUCUUUCAAGUGGAUUGUGGAAUACAUAAAUAAAAAUGGCCCUUACUUUGGUAUUGUGGGUUUCAGUCAAGGGAGUGCAAUGGCUGCUAUUUUGACUAACACCAUAACACGUUAUUCUAUGCAACCUCAAUUCAAGUUCACUAUCUGUAUACUGGGGUUUGCAUUCACAGAGCCGCUCAAUACAGACCCAGCGACUCGUACAAAUAUCUUUGACCUCCACACAGUCGAAGAAUACCUGCAACAUGUCAAAAUUCGUGAGUCGUACAAAAGCUAUUACACUCGUCCAAGCAAUUUUUCAACCAAAGUUAUCGUCGUUUUCGGUGAGCAUGACCCAGUAUGCCCUCCAGCUCGAGUGCUGUAUUUAGCUCGCACAUUUCCGAAAGCAAUCGAGAUUGGAUUUGACGGCGGCCAUGAUGUUCCUAGCGAUGCUGACACGAUAAACAAAAUAGAAGCGGAGAUACCUUCAAUAUCUUCUCAUAAACUUUGA